UAAAAAUAUGUUAAAAAAUUAUCCGAUUCUUGUUGCAGUUGUGCUGUGCAUCAUCUGCGAUAUAUGUUCGGGAGCAUUGCCUUCUAACAUAAACAAGUGUAAAAUAUCCGAUCAUGUUUGCAUAGCGAAAUCAAUUAAUGACGUACUACGCUUGUAUCCCAAGGGCCAUCCAUCUUUUGGCCUCAUCGAUAUAACUGCGAUAAAGCGACCGAAAAUAAUUCUGGCAGAAAAUAAAAAUAAUCAUAAAUCGUCGGUGGGUUUCAAUUUAUUUAUUGAGAAUGCGGUUUUAAAUGGAUUAGAAAAUGCUAAGGUGACCUCUGUCUCGGGCUUCGAUCCAAAUAUUAGCAAAAUUACAGUGAACGCGGAGAUUAUGAAUCUAAAACUAAGCGGCGAUUAUACUGUGAAUGGAAAUAUCUUACUAUUGCAACUUAAAGGUAAAGGCAAGGCUGAAUUCAAAAGUACGCGGACUACGUGUAAGGCAAUGGCUGAUGUGAAACUGGAGAAGAGAAAUGGGAAAAAUUACUUAGCAAUAGAUCGAUUAAAAAUCAAUAUUCAACCGCAUGACAUGGAUCCAUCUACGAGUGCUGAGGCAGCCGCUGCUGCCGCAGCUAAUGGUCCUGAUCCGCGUCUGGAGUUAAUGGGUUCUUUUGUUAGUAAAACGCUUAAAUUAAAGCCGGAAAAAUGGACAAGAGUUAUUACCGUUGAAGAGUAUAAAGGCAUCAUUAAGGAAUUUCUUGAUCGUCCUAAUCCGGUCUUUCUUAUCAUAAUAUUAACCCAAGCCACACAAUUAGUGCCGACAACGGCUUUUCCGCUCACUCAGCUCAAAAGUAAAGGUGUUUACUUCAUUAAGCGCAACACAUUACCGGUGCCGCGCGAAGACUGUGCAAAUUUUAUAAUAUGUGGAGAUCUGGCUACACGAACUAUCGAUCAAUUAUCCGCAUUGGUUGAAGAGGUCUUCGUACCUUUGCUGGCCUUUGAAGAUAACUAUAAGACGUGGCCUUCAAUGGUAACUCAAGAUGUGCAAAAGCAUGUGCACAGUUUAAAGAGUACAGUUCAUCAAGUAAAAGGGCAAGUAAGUGGUGAAACAAUUUUGGCGAUGCCAGUGGGUGUUGAAAAGAUUAUGAAGGUGUCGCAGCAAAUCGGUGAAAAUCCGCAUUUGCAAAUCGAUUUAUAUUUGAAAAGCGCCAUCGAGGGUGUCGUCAUCAAAUGGGCCGCACAAGUCGAAGAGGUUAUCAAAGAGAGUUCAGCACAAGCUUUUGCAAACGGUCAAAACCCAACACCAUAUGCGGAAUUUUCGUUUUGGAAUAAACGUUUUAAAAAUCUUUCAUUCAUAUUCGAACAAUUACGCAAUGAACGUAUACGAGCUAUGGCUUUAGUUUUGGAACAUUCACGUAGCGCUUAUUAUCCAUGCUUUCAAACUCUAUUUAAGAAAGUUGUAGAAGCUCUCGCUGAAACCAAAGACAUUACCUUGUAUUUAAAUCCUUUAAAAAAGCACAUACAACAAUUGGAAGAAAUUGAUUUUUCUGAAUGUAAGCCACUGUUUAUACCAUUAAUGCAUGUUGUCUGCACACUGUGGGGUAACUCGCGUUACUACAAUCAUUCGCUCAAGAUGACGAUUUUACUUAAACAAAUUUGCAAUUUAAUUAUAAAUCAGGCGAAACGUUUUCUAGACCCUUCGUCUAUAUUUCACAGUGAUAUCGAUGAGGCGAUGCAACGUUUAACUCUUUCCAUUGAAAUAUUGAAAUUUUUUCGCGAAUUAUUCGAUCAUUUUAAAGAAAAUAUUGGCGAAUAUUUUAAGGAUCCCGUUCAACGCCCACCAGUAUUUUGGACAUUUCAUCCAAAUUCCGUAUUUAGACGUUUUAGCAAUUUUGUAGAUCGGCUAAAUACUAUACAAUGGUUUUUUCAUACAGUUACGGAGUUUUUGAAAUUGGAAAAAGUUGAAAUUGGUGGCUUACGUGGACGACAACUCAGUACGCGUAUUACAGCCGUUUAUGUUGAAUUUAAUCAAUACUUUACAGCUUUCGCUUCAAAAAGUUACGAUGUCUUAGAUCCAGAUGAUGAUGAGUUUAUAAAAGAUUUUCAAAAUUUCCAAUUACGUAUACUCGAGUUGGAUAUGAAAUUGGCGGCCAUAUUAUGUCAAGCUUUCGAUGAUUGUUACAAUUUAGAAAGUGUGUUUAAGCUUAUCAAUAUAGUAGGCAGCGUUUUGGAGAGACCGAAAAUUAAGGAACAGUUUACAAAAAAAUAUGAUGAAAUUGUGCGCUUAUUAGAUGAAGAACUUACGAUGUGCGAAGAAAUUUAUGAACAGCAAAUGUUUAUGCGAUCAGAUAACAAGUGUUUAUAUCCGGAAUAUAAUUGCCCGCCGGCAGCAGCUUUCAUACGCUGGUGCAGUCAAUUGGAACGUCGUAUUACAGUGCCUAUACAACAUUUUCAGGCUCUGCAGCAUGACAUUGUACGUUCAGAGAAAGCUCUCGAGAUUAUACGACGCUAUGAACGCUUGCUUUUAAAAAUUGGUGCUAGUCGCACUUACGUAUUUAAAGAUUGGUCCGAAAAGUUAGACGAACAAAUCGAAAUAAAUUUACAAAAGUCGUUGAUAGUACGCGAUCCGCACACACAACUAUUGAUUUUGAAUUUUAGUUCCGAACUUUUUUGCAUAUUGCGUGAAGUUCAUUACCUUAAGCAAAUGGAAGUGGACGAUAUACCACAAGUGGCCUUGGAAUUUGCCGAUAAAAGCGAUAUCUUUCGUACUUACACUUUAAAUUUGGAGAAGAGUAUCGAUUGGUAUAACACUAUACAAGAGAAUAGUUCACCAGUUGAACUGAAAUUAAUCGAAAGCGAAAUACAACAAAUUGACGAGUUAGUGGAAAUUGGUAUACAAGAAUUAGUUUGGAUAUCCGAAGAUAUCACUUCCUAUUUGGAUAAGUUACGUCAACCGGUAGCAGCUUUACAGAAUCGCGUUAAUCUCACUCAAGGCAAUUUGAAACGUAUCCGAAGAAUUAUGUCUGCUUGGGUGAAGCAACCGUUAUUCGAGCGUCGAGAUGGGAAAAAAGAUUCAGUAUUAUGCAUUGACGAGCGACCCGAUCGUACUGCAAAACGUUAUGCUGAAAUUCAAUCGGCAUCCGAUGAGAUUCAUAGAUUACUUUAUGACAAUAUGGUGCAAUUCAAUAUGGAUUGUAGGCAGGAUGAUGUCAUGUGGUUAAAUUAUGUCGACUUUGUCGAUAAUAUUGUAUACGAAUAUUUGCUAAAGACGGUGGGGGUUAGUGUCGGUUAUAUAGCGGAAAAUAUGGAUCCAGAUAACAAUUAUGCUCCAUUAUUUGAGGCGCGUCUGGAAUUAGUGGAACCGAAUCUAAUAUUUAUACCCUCCCUGGAUCCGGAAGAUAGGAUGGGCUUUAAUAAUGUGCUUAUCGAACUGAUCCGUGACAUUAUGAAGAUGGCUUCGCUUAUUAAGCGUCUAAAGACGCAAGAGAAACGUAAUUAUGGGGAUAUGGUGAAAGAGAAUCCCGAUAUUAUAGCAAUGAGAAGAGAGAUCUUAAACGGUGUCACUCGAGUAAUCGAAGAAGCGGCUCUAUUUUGCCGUCAAUUUGAGCGGUAUUCGUACCUUUGGUUAGAUGAUCGGCAAGAGUGUAUGGAUUCUUUUCUGGAAUACGGACGAAUAUUGGAUCCCGAUGAAAUCGAAUCGGUUUUAAUGAAUGAUCCGAACGCUCCGUCACCAAGUCCACCGACAAUAGAAGCAUUUCGCGAACAAAUCGACAAUUACGAGAGUUUAUCCAAUGAAAUUGAAGGGAUUGCAUCAUUUCAAGUGUUUAGUUCCUGGUUUCAAGUUGACGUUAGACCGUUUCGUCAUGCGCUAUUAAAUACCGUAUGUAAAUGGGGUAGCAUGUUCAAAUCUCAUCUGGUUAACACGGUGACGAGCAGCCUUAUGGAUUUAAGCAAUUUUAUACGCAAAGCAGACGAAGGUCUUUUGCAAAUCGUUAAAGAAGGUGACUACGAGGGCCUGGUAAGUCUAAUGGCUUAUUUGAUGCAGGUAAAAGAGAGAGCUGCCAAAACUGAUGAAAUGUUUGAGCCCUUACAAGAAACCAUCCAAUUAUUGAAAUAUUACGAUAUGGAUAUACCUGAAGAGGUCAAUGUUUUAUUGCAAGAAUUACCCGAGCAAUGGGCCAAUACGAAAAAGAUUGCCUCGACAGUGAAACAACAAGUUUCACCCUUGCAAGCGACCGAAGUGGUCAGCAUACGCAACAAGGUGUCAGCCUUCGAGAUUUACGUACAAGAAUUUCGUGAAGUAUUCCGUCAUUAUAAUUUUUUUCGUUUCGAUUGUCCUGAUCCGUAUGAUUUGGCCGAUCGUAUUAACGCUGAUAUGGCUCGUUUGGAAAAUGAAAUGGCCGAAAUUCAAGAGUCGGGCAGUCUCUUUGAAGUCAAUAUACCGGAAUUUAAAUUAUUAAAGCAAUGCCGGAAGGAAUUGAGAAUGUUGAAGCAACUAUGGGAUUAUGUGUUCAUUGUGCAGUCGUGCAUUGAAGAUUGGAAAACGACACCUUGGCGUAAAGUUGAUGUCGAAAAUAUGGAUAUCGAAUGUAAAAAAUUCGCUAAGGAUAUACGAUUGCUGGACAAAGAAAUGCGUUCUUGGGAUACAUUCGUAAAACUGGAGGGUACUGUCAAAAAUAUGCUAACAUCGUUAAGGGCGGUCGGAGAACUGCAAAAUCCUGCAAUUCGUGAGCGGCAUUGGAAUCAGUUGAUGAACUCGACAAAGAGCUUAGCAGCCUUGCCCAAGGAAAUAACGGUCAAAUUCAUUAUGGAUCAUGAUACUACGUUGGCUGAAUUGCUUGGUCUAAAUUUGCAUGAAUGCGAAGAAGAGGUGAAAAAUAUAGUUGAUAAGGCCGUUAAAGAAAUGUCAAUGGAGAAGAUUUUAAGAGAUUUAAAUACUACGUGGUCUACGAUGGAAUUUGAUCACGAACUCCAUCCCCGCACCGGAUGUAAUCUUCUGAGAGCGUCGGAAGAACUCAUAGAGACUCUCGAAGAUAAUCAAGUGUGCCUUCAGAAUUUGAUAACGUCGAAGUACAUCGCCCAUUUCUUAGAAGAAGUGUCCGCUUGGCAGAGUAAGUUAAUGAUUGCUGAUCAAGUGAUAACAGUUUGGUUUGAGGUGCAGCGCACUUGGACACAUCUUGAGAGCAUCUUCAUGAGUUCAGAAGACAUACGCAAACAGCUACCAGUCGACUCGGAUCGUUUCGAUCAUAUUGACACCGAAUUUCGCAUACUUAUGAGCGAAAUGUCUCAAUCUUCCAAUGUUGUAGAAUCAACAAAUCGACCCGGGUUGAUUGAACGCUUGGAAAAUCUUCAGAAGGAGCUUACGCUGUGCGAAAAGGCUUUGGCAGAGUAUUUGGAAACAAAACGUUUAGCUUUUCCUCGUUUCUAUUUCGUGUCGUCGGCUGAUUUGCUUGACAUUUUAAGUAAUGGCAUACAGCCGGACAUGGUCACCAAACAUUUGACCAAAUUAUUUGAUUCAAUUGCCCGAUUGAAAUUCAAUCGAGACGAAGCAAAUGAAAUAGACACAGCUUCGGGCAUGUAUGCUAAGGACGGUGAAUACGUUGAGUUCGAUAAGUUGGCAAGCAUUCGUGGUCCAGUAGAAGUUUGGUUAAAUCGUAUACAGGCGGCCAUGCGUUCAUCGUUGCGUCAUUACGUUACCGAAGCGGUGGUCGCCUAUGAGGAAAAGCAACGGGAACAAUGGUUAUUCGAUUAUCCUGCCCAGGUAUCACUGUGUGGCUCACAAAUUUGGUGGUCCACAGAAGUGAACAUAGCCUUUAGCCGACUGGAGGAGGGUUACGAUAAUGCCAUCAAGGAUUAUUAUAAAAAACAAAUCUCGCAACUUAGCUUAUUAAUCACCUUGCUCUUGGGUGAACUUUCGAAAGGGGAUCGUCAAAAAAUUAUGACCAUUUGCACCAUCGACGUACACUCGCGUGAUGUUGUUUCAAAAAUGAUCCAGGCCAAAUUGGACGCGGGCUCGGCUUUUAUGUGGCAAUCGCAACUUCGUCAUCGUUUCGAUGAUAUGGAAAAGGAUUGCUAUGCCAAUAUUUGCGAUGCAGAGUUUCGUUACAAUCACGAAUACUUGGGAAAUACACCACGUUUAGUAAUAACACCUCUUACUGAUCGUUGUUAUAUAACAUUAACUCAGAGUUUGCAUCUGAUUAUGGGUGGCGGACCAGCCGGUCCUGCUGGCACGGGUAAAACAGAAACUACUAAAGAUUUGGGACGAGCUAUUGGCAUAAUGGUUUAUGUGUUUAACUGCUCUGAGCAAAUGGAUUACCAAUCAUGCGGCAAUAUAUAUAAAGGUCUAGCUCAAACAGGGGCCUGGGGUUGUUUCGAUGAGUUCAAUCGCAUUACCGUAGAAGUGCUCUCAGUGGUAGCUGUACAAGUGAAGUCCGUUCAGGAUGCUAUACGCGAUAAGAAGGACAAAUUCAAUUUUAUGGGAGAAAUAAUUUCCUGUGUACCUACGGUGGGUAUAUUCAUAACAAUGAAUCCGGGUUAUGCGGGUCGCACAGAAUUGCCUGAAAACUUAAAAGCCUUAUUUAGACCAUGCGCCAUGGUAGUACCAGAUUUUGAGCUAAUUUGUGAGAUUAUGUUGGUGGCAGAAGGAUUUCAGGAUGCGCGUGUUUUGGCGAGAAAAUUCAUUACCUUAUAUACAUUAUGUAAGGAACUCUUAUCUAAACAGGAUCAUUAUGAUUGGGGACUUCGUGCUAUAAAAUCAGUGCUUGUGGUCGCAGGUUCACUCAAGCGUGGUGAUCCAGGGAGACCUGAGGAAGAAGUUCUAAUGCGAGCGUUACGUGAUUUUAAUAUACCAAAAAUUGUCACCGAUGACAUGCCAGUCUUUAUGGGUUUGAUAAGCGAUUUAUUUCCGGCUUUGGAUGUGCCUCGAAAACGUGAUGCUGAUUUUGAACGCACCGUGAAACAGGCGGCUUCUGAUUUGCUUUUGCAAACUGAGGACACCUUUAUAUUAAAGGUGGUGCAGCUAGAAGAAUUGUUAGAAGUACGUCAUUCCGUUUUUAUUGUUGGUAAUGCUGGCACGGGGAAAACCCAAGUAUGGAAAACCCUAUUGCGCACCUACCAGAAUAUCAAACGGAAGCCUAUAUUUAAUGAUCUUAAUCCAAAAGCUGUAACCAAUGAUGAACUUUUUGGUAUUAUCAAUCCUGCAACACGGGAAUGGAAAGACGGUUUAUUUUCCGUGAUUAUGCGGGAUCAGGCAAACAUGACUGGCGAUCAACCCAAAUGGAUUGUGCUCGAUGGCGACAUAGAUCCUAUGUGGAUAGAAAGUUUGAACACUGUAAUGGACGACAAUAAAGUAUUGACUUUGGCCAGUAAUGAGCGAAUUGCGUUAACGCCAUCCAUGCGUUUGCUGUUCGAAAUUUCCAAUUUGAGAACAGCUACGCCGGCCACAGUUUCACGAGCGGGCAUAUUGUACAUAAAUCCCCAAGAUCUUGGUUGGAAUCCUUAUGUGACUAGUUGGGUAGAAACACGUAAAAUUCCUUCCGAGAAGUCUAAUUUGGUCAUGCUCUUCGAUAAAUACAUACCGGCCUCGUUAGAAACAAUACGUGUACGUUUCAAAAAAAUUACUCCAAUCGCCGAAAUGGCUCAUAUCCAGAUGCUGUGCCAUUUGCUAGAUUGUCUCUUGACGCCGACCAAUACGCCCGCUGAUUGUCCCAAAGAAUGGCAUGAAUUAUAUUUCGUGUUUGCUUGUAUUUGGGCUUUUGGCUCGGCUAUGUUUCAAGAUCAAACCAUUGACUAUCGAAUUGAAUUUAGUAAAUGGUGGGUGAAUGAAUUCAAAACAAUAAAGUUUCCUCAGGGCGGUACUAUUUUUGAUUAUUUCUUGGAUACUGAAACCAAACAGUUUGUUCCAUGGACCGAAAAAAUACCAAAAUUUGAGCUCGAUGGUGAUUUACCCUUACAGGCUGUAUUGGUUCAUACAUCCGAAUCCAUACGCAUACGAUACUUUUUAGAUUUGUUGAUGGAAAAAAAGCAUCCAGUAAUGUUAGUGGGAACAGCUGGAUCGGGUAAAACCGUAUUAAUUAACGAGAAAUUGCAAGCGUUGUCCGAAAAUUAUGCUGUGACCGCGAUACCUUUUAAUUUUUAUACAACUUCUGAAAUGUUGCAAAAAAUUCUAGAAAAACCUUUGGAAAAAAAAGCGGGUCGCAAUUAUGGACCUCCGGGAAAUAAAACUUUAAUUUAUUUUAUUGAUGAUAUGAAUAUGCCCGAAGUAGAUUGUUAUGGAACUGUGCAGCCGCAUACGAUAAUGCGUCAACAUCUCGAUUAUGGUCACUGGUACGAUCGAAAUAAGCUUACGUUAAAAGAUAUACGCAACUGUCAAUAUGUGGCGUGCAUGAACCCUACGGCUGGUAGUUUUACCGUAAAUCCCCGAUUGCAACGCCAUUUCUGUGUAUUGGCUGUUAGCUUUCCCGGGACCGACUCAAUUACCAGCAUAUACUCUACAAUUCUAUCUCAGCAUUUCUCUAAUGCGGAACAAAAAUUUAAUCCGAUUGUGACCCGUAUGACGCCGAACAUCGUAGCCGCUACAUUAGCUUUGCAUAACAAAUGUUCGCAAGUGUUUCUCCCGACGGCAAUCAAAUCACAUUAUAUAUUUAAUUUAAGAGACAUUAGCAAUGUAUUUCAGGGUCUUCUUUUCAGCACAACAGAUUGUUUGACGUCCUCGACCGAUUUAAUACGUCUGUGGCAACAUGAAACUCAGCGUGUUUAUUCGGACAAAUUAAUUGAUGACAAGGAUAUCGAUAGUUUUACAAAAAUGCAACAUGACAUUGUAAAGAAAUCCUUUGAGGAAAUUGACGAAUCGAUUAUAUUUGACAAACCGAAUAUCUACUGUCAUUUCGCAGGAGGAAUUGGUGAACCCAAGUACAUGCCUAUUAAGGCCUGGACUGAGCUUCACAAACUCCUCCAGGAGGCAAUGUCUUCCUACAAUGAUCUUGUUGCAGCCAUGAAUUUAGUUCUCUUUGAAGAUGCUAUGAUGCAUGUAUGCAGAAUUAAUCGAGUAUUGGAAUCGCCACGUGGUAGUGCUUUACUAGUGGGAGUAGGUGGUAGUGGUAAGCAAUCUUUAUCUAGAUUGGCUGCGUUUAUUUCAAGUUUGGAAGUAGUACAAAUACAACUUAAAAAAGGUUACGGCGUUGCUGAUUUAAAGAAUGAAUUCACUGGUUUGUAUCUGAAGGCUGGCCUCAAAAAUGUCGGCAUUAUGUUUCUGAUGACCGACGCUCAAAUACCAAGUGAGGAUUUUCUUGUCCUAAUCAACGAUAUGCUGUCUACCGGUGAGAUUCCAGAUCUAUUCCCCGAUGAUGAAAUCGAGAAUAUCAUAGCAGGUGUACGCAACGAAGUCAAGGGUGCCGGUCUGGUCGAUUCACGGGAAAAUUGUUGGAAAUUCUUUAUAGACCGCGUCCGCAAACAGUUGAAAAUAGUUUUGUGUUUCUCACCCGUGGGUUCAACAUUACGUAUUCGGGCAAGGAAAUUCCCUGCCAUUCUGAAUGCAACAUCAAUAAAUUGGUUUCACGAAUGGCCGCAAGAGGCUCUAAUUUCAGUAGCAAUGAAUUUCUUAUCGCGCAGUAAAGUCCUUCCAGUAAAUCACCAUGAUUCCGUAGCUAAAUUUAUGGCUUAUGUGCACACUGCUGUCAAUCAAACUUCUAAAGUUUAUCUACAAAAUGAACGGCGCUAUAAUUACACAACACCGAAGAGUUAUUUAGAACAAAUAAGUUUAUAUUUAAAGUUACUUAAUCACAAACAUGAAGACCUACAGAGUAAAAUUGUACGUUUAGAGAAUGGAUUAGAAAAACUGCGAUCGACAGCGGUACAAGUGGCCGAUCUUAAAGUAAAAUUGGCUGUGCAAGAGGUGGAGCUAAAGGAAAAAAACGAGGCGGCCGAUACGUUAAUUGAAAUUGUGGGCGUCGAAACGGAAAAAGUGCAAACUGAAAAGGCUUUAGCGGAUGAAGAGGAAAUGAAAGUGGCUUUAAUAGCUGACGAGGUAUCAAAGAAGCAAAAGGAUUGUGAAGAAGAUUUGGUAAAAGCUGAGCCAGCUUUAAUAGCAGCUCAAGAAGCUCUGAACACUUUGAAUAAAGCUAAUCUAACAGAAUUAAAAUCAUUCGGUUCCCCUCCAGGUAUAGUAACUAAUGUUACUGCUGCGGUUAUGGUACUUUUAUCUCCAGGUGGUAAGUUACCUAAAGAUCGCUCUUGGAAAGCGGCCAAAAUAGCUAUGGCCAAGGUGGAUACAUUUCUCGAUUCUCUUAUCAAUUACGAUAAAGAGAACAUACACGCCGAAGUUAUUAAAGCUAUUGUACCAUAUUUAAAAGAUCCCGAAUUUGAACCAGAAUUCGUACGAACUAAAUCCGGAGCAGCAGCUGGUCUCUGCGCUUGGGUUAUUAAUAUUAUUAAAUUUUACGAAGUUUAUUGCGACGUAGAACCUAAGAGAAAGGCCUUAGCGGCUGCAAAUGCCGAAUUGGCUGCUGCUCAGGAAAAACUAGCCGGUAUUAAAAGAAAAGUUGCGAGUUUAGAAGAACAGUUGGCUAAAUUGACAGCCGAUUUCGAAAAGGCUACCGCCGAGAAAUUACGAUGUCAACAGGAAGCUGACGCUACGCAAGCAACGAUUGCUUUAGCUAAUCGUUUGGUAGGGGGACUGGCCAGCGAAAAUGUACGCUGGGCUGAAGCAGUUAACAAUUUCGUUAAACAGGGCAUUACUUUACCAGGCGAUACUCUACUCAUAACGGCUUUUAUUUCCUAUACCGGUUGUUUCACAAAGCAAUUUCGCAUCGAUUUAUUGCAAAAGAUGUGGACGCCUUUUCUAAAGAAUUUGGAUCCACCAAUACCAACUACCGAGAAUUUGGAUCCUCUAUCUCUUUUAACCGAUGACACUACUGUAGCUAUAUGGACAAACGAGGGCUUACCGGCGGAUCGAAUGUCACUUGAAAAUGCGACAAUUUUGUCAAACUCCGAUAGAUGGCCCCUAAUGAUUGAUCCUCAGUUGCAAGGUGUAAAGUGGAUUAAGCAAAAAUAUGGCGAUGAUUUAAAAGUCAUACGUAUGGGCCAACGUAGCUAUUUGGAUGUGAUAGAGAAGGCUAUCACCAAGGGCAAUAUAGUGCUAAUUGAAAAUAUCGAUGAACAUUUAGAUCCAGUGCUAGACUCUCUACUAGGUCGCAAUCUGAUCAAAAAAGGACAAGCUAUCAAAAUCGGGGACAAAGAAAUCGAAUACAAUGCUAGCUUCCGCUUAAUUUUGCACACAAAACUCGCAAAUCCUCACUAUAAGCCCGAAAUGCAAGCACAAACGACAUUAAUUAAUUUUACUGUUACUCGCGAUGGUUUGGAAGAUCAACUCUUGGCUGAGGUUGUUAAAGCCGAGAGACCUGAUUUAGAAGAUCUUAAAGCCGAACUAACAAAACAACAAAAUGAUUUUAAGAUUAUGUUAAAGAAAUUAGAAGACGAUUUACUUUCCCGCCUUUCUUCGGCCGGAGAGAAUAUUUUAGGAGAUACAGCUUUAGUAGAAAAUCUGGAAACUACAAAAAGUACUGCUUCCGAAAUCGAAGAAAAGGUAGCUGAGGCGAAAAUUACUUCGAAGGAAAUCGACAAGGCUAGAGAAUUUUAUAGGCCAGCCGCUGCUCGGGCUAGCCUUUUGUAUUUUAUACUAAACGAAUUGAACACCAUUAAUCCGAUUUAUCAAUUCUCGUUAAAGGCUUUCAGUGUUGUAUUUCAGAAAGCUAUAGCAAAAGCAGAGCCCGGCGAUAACUUGGAAAUACGUGUAGCAAAUCUAAUUGAUUGCAUAACGUAUUCCGUUUUCCAAUACACUUCACGGGGGUUAUUUGAAUGCGAUAAAUUAAUAUUUGCCUCACAAAUGACUUUUCAGAUACUUUUGAUGAAUGAAGAGGUUACGUCGACAGAAUUAGAUUUCCUUUUGCGUUUUCCAAUCAAGCCACACGUUACAAGUCCCGUGGAUUUUCUUUCCAAUUUAUCGUGGGGUGGUAUUUGCAGUUUGGCUUCGAAAGAUGAAUUUCGCAAUUUGGAUCGUGACAUUGAAACGUCCUCUAAGAGAUGGAAGAAAUUAGUUGAAUCCGAAUUGCCUGAAAAGGAGAAAUUUCCUCAAGAGUGGAAAAAUAAAACAGCCCUACAACGUUUAUGUAUGAUUAGAGCUCUAAGGCCAGAUCGUAUGACUUAUGCUUUAGCAGAUUUCAUUGAGGAAAAAUUGGGUUCGAAAUAUGUAGAAAAUCGGGCGAUGGAAUUUUCAAAAUCUUAUGAAGAGGCAUCACCUUCAACGCCCAUAUUUUUUAUACUAUCGCCUGGUGUUAAUCCCUUGAAAGACGUUGAAGCUUUGGGCAAACAAUUGGGAUUCUCUAUGGAUUUGAAUAAUUUCCAUAAUGUCUCACUGGGUCAGGGACAAGAGGCCAUAGCCGAAGGAGCCAUGGACACGGCUGCCAAGAAUGGCCAUUGGGUUGUUUUACAAAAUAUACAUUUGGUACGUAAAUGGCUGCCGGUAUUGGAAAAGAAACUUGAAUAUUAUGCUGAAGGUUCUCAUCCACAUUAUCGUAUGUUUUUAAGCGCUGAACCGGCUUCAACGCCAUCGGCUCAUAUCAUACCCCAGGGCAUUCUGGAAUCGUCUAUAAAAAUUACUAAUGAACCUCCGACUGGUAUGUUAGCCAAUCUGCACAAAGCCUUGGAUAAUUUCACGCAAGAAACUUUGGAAAUGUCGGGUAAAGAAGCCGAAUUUAAGGCCAUACUAUUUUCGUUAUGCUAUUUUCAUGCUGUGGUAGCAGAAAGACGUAAAUUCGGUCCUCAAGGUUGGAAUAAAGUCUAUCCAUUCAACGUGGGUGAUUUGAAUAUAAGUGUGUCGGUCUUAUUUAAUUAUCUCGAGGCUAAUGCCAAGGUACCUUGGGAAGAUUUACGUUAUCUAUUCGGUGAAAUAAUGUAUGGCGGUCAUAUAACGGAUGAUUGGGAUCGUCGUUUAUGUAUCACGUAUUUGGAAGAGUACAUGCAACCCGAUUUGGUCGAUGGCGAACUAUUUUUGGCGCCUGCAUUUCCAGCUCCUCCCAACACCGAUUACGCUGGAUAUCAUACGUAUGUCGAUGAAAAUAUGCCAGCCGAGUCUCCUUAUUUAUAUGGUUUACAUCCGAACGCCGAAAUUGGUUUUUUAACAACUAGAGCGGAAAACAUAUUUCGUACUGUCUUCGAGAUGCAGCCACGCGAUGCUGGGGCUAGUGGAGGGGCGACUGUGACUCGGGAAGAUAAAGUCAAACAGAUUGUUGAUGAGAUUUUAGAAAAACUUCCUGAAGAAUUUAAUAUGGUCGAAAUUAUGAACAAGGUCGAAGAACGUACGCCUUAUGUGAUUGUGGCGUUUCAGGAGUGUGAACGCAUGAAUUAUCUGACAAGCGAAAUGAAGAGAAGUCUCAAAGAAUUAGAUUUAGGCUUGAAAGGCGAACUUACGAUUACCAGUGAUAUGGAAAUUUUGGAAAAUUCCCUCUUUCUAGAUCAAGUACCACCAGGAUGGACACAACGCGCCUAUCCAUCGUUACUGGGCCUAAAUUCAUGGUUCAUUGAUUUGUGUUUACGUUUGCGUGAAUUAGAAACAUGGUCUACUGACUUUGUGUUGCCUUCCUGUGUUUGGUUGGCUGGUUUCUUCAAUCCGCAAUCUUUAUUAACCGCAAUAAUGCAAAGUACGGCACGUCGUAAUGAGUUACCGUUGGACAAAAUGUGUCUACAAUGUGAUGUGACAAAAAAGCAAAAAGAAGACUUCACUACCGCACCAAGAGAAGGCGCCUACGUUCAUGGAAUAUUUAUGGAAGGCGCCAGAUGGGAUUUACAACAAGGUAUUAUUAUGGAAUCGCGUCUCAAAGAACUCUAUCCAUCAAUGCCUGUCAUCAAUAUUCGGGCCAUAACACAAGAUAAACAGGAUUUACGUAAUAUGUACGAAUGUCCUGUUUAUAAGACACGUACUAGAGGUCCAACGUAUGUGUGGACUUUCAAUUUGAAAACCAAAGAUAAACCUGGCAAAUGGACAUUGGCCGGAGUGGCUUUAUUAUUACAAACAUAA